AUGUGGGCAAUGAGAUAUUGCUGGCGCGAGUUGUCCUACAGUCAGCCAUCUCGGCAGGUGCGAAUUUGCGACGCUCGCGUGGAAGACGGUUCUGAAGCUGCUCAGGAGCUAGGGCUGAAGGCUAUUGGCGGAAGUUGCAGUAGUGCUCUAAGCAGGAAAUCAGUGCAAGACUUUGUAUUAUCUGAUUUUCUCGCUGCCGCUAGUGCCGCUAAAACUGUCGCGAGAAUGGCGAAGGAGCUUGUUACACGCAUUGGCAAGGCUCUGUCGGUCCAAUCAAAGGUGGCCAACUUACCUUUAGUGCGUUUUCUGCUAGACAGGGCUGACUUGAAAGCUCGCUUCUGUAAGAAUAAGCACAUUUUUUCUGUUUCCAACACAGCGUCUUCCUGUCAAGGGGGUUGA